UAGAAGUAGAUUUUUGUUCAAAAAGUUGACACUACUCAAUUUCAAGGGUUGUCACAUUUUUAAGAAGAAUCUAUUACAAAAGUAAUAUAUUACUCGGUACAAUAAAAUUAAGGGUUAAUUUGAGUUUGUGAUCCAUUUUAUUGUCCAAAUUGGACUUUGCACCCCGUUUUUAAAAAUCUUUAUUUUUUUACCUUAAUCCCAUAUGAAAAGACAAAAAUACUCUUGGAUUAACAAUUCUGUUGAUCUUCAACAUGUUCUUGAUCGAAGGGCAUUUUUGCGUAUGGGAUUGAUGAGGUGCAAAACCAAAGAUUUUUAAAAAGAGUGCAAAGUUCAAUUCGGACACUAAAAUGAGGUGAAAACUCAAAAUACCCUAAAUUUAACGGGCUAUGUAGUGCCAAAAAUCCUCGUUAAGUGUAUACCUACGUACAACACCAUUUUAAUUGAUGAGGUGCUUGCUUGGAUGGAGCAGAUCAAACUAGAUCCCCCAACAGAGUUCCUCACUCAGGUGCAUGGCGUUCAAAGAAGGUGUAGUCUUCCGGCCAAUACAAUUAAGUCUUAUGAGGUGUCGUCAAUAACAUUUGUGACAAACAAGGCUACAUACGAACCCUUUGGGCGAAAGAACUCGCCAUCAUCCGGCCACACCGUAUUCAAGUUUCAACUGGGCAGUAGCGCUGAUUUCAUAUCCAUGGAUGGCUUUCACGGAACUGUUAAUCCUUUUGGUCACAUCGGAAGCAUUGGUGUUUAUUUGCAGACAACGAUUUCUGCUGCCCGCCCGGAUCUCAAGCGGCGCGCUUCAUCUUCAUGACCUCUAAAAUCAGAGAAAUUAUCCCUUGUAUUACUAAAACAACAUUUUAUGUUAUGAGUUCCUAGUUAUUAUUAUUAUUCCUAUCAUAUUACUUUAAUUAAUGGCAUGCUUGAUUUUAAUUCUCCCUUUGUAUGCGGCCAAUUGAUUUGAAGAGAUCGAAACAGUUGUGAGGCCAUUUAUUAUGUAUCAAGCCAAACCAUGUGUUAAGUAUAUAUAGAGUUGUGCUUGGUGUACCCAAAAUGAGAUACCUCAUUUUUAUUCCAUCCAUUGUGUGGUUCAAAUUAGACAAUCAUUUAAAUGAAUUGAUCCAUUUCAAUGAGUUACCCCAUUUGAACCACACAAUAGAAGGGAGUAACAAUAGAU